AUGAAGGCGUACUUCCUAGCACGUCUUCCGAAUAACGCGUCCUUCCACGACGAUGGUUUUUCGUCUUCUGGAUUCACCGCACGUCUCGGCUCGUUGACGUCGUGCAUCUCGACAGACGUCGAGUCUUUUAUUUUGGCACCCAUUCUGAAAUCAAAAUUUGUUUCAAAAAACUAUUUGAUUGCUGGAAUGAAGUCAUCUUCCUAA